AUACGCACGAGCCUUGCGCGCGCCACAUGCUUUCUAAUUGCGCCCAGUGCCCACACCCAGCCAGCAGACACAUGGCAGGGAAUCAUUUAGACCUGUAACAUGCAACGAGCUUGUAUAUAUGUUUGUAAAUACGCCCUUUAAAUCCAGAAAUCUGGGGAAAUUGUGAUGCAUGUGCGGCGCGCGCCGUCUCGGGGGUGUGGUGAUGCUCGUGCAGUGAACUCACGCGAGCGCGGGCGCUGAAUACUAGAGCACUCCCAACAACGCACGGACACUGAGCACCGGAGAACCGACGACAUGGCUUCGUCUCAGGGGAAGAGCGAGCACCGUUAUGCGGACUGGAUGUCAAGUUUACCGGAUACCUUGCACGGUAUUCCUCUUACCAACCUCGCCAUACCGGGUUCCCACGACUCUUUUAGUUUUUACAUCGACGAAGCCUCACCAGUUGGACCGGAGCAGCCGGAGACAGUGCAGAACUUUGUCUCUGUGUUUGGCACUGUGGCCAAGAAGCUGAUGAGAAAGUGGUUGGCGACACAGACCAUGAACUUCACCAGCCAGCUGGAGGCAGGCAUCCGCUUCUUUGACCUCCGCAUAUCCACCAAACCCAGAGACCCCGACAACGAGCUCUUCUUUGCACACGGCCUGUUCAGCGCCACUGUACGUGAAGGUCUGGAGCAGAUCAGCACCUUCCUGGCCUCCCAUGCUCGCGAGGUCGUGUUCCUGGACUUCAACCACUUCUACGGUGUACAGAACCUCCAUCACGAGAAACUGGUCCAGAUGUUGCGCACCAUCUUUGGAGACCGACUCUGUCCAGUAGUGUUUGCUCAAGAGGUUAGCCUGAAGUACCUCUGGGAGAAAGAGUUUCAAGUGCUGGUCUUCUAUCACAAUCCAAUGGCCCUGGAGGUUCCUUUCCUGUGGCCGGGUCAGAUGAUGCCUUCUCCUUGGGCCAACACCACAGAUCCUGAGAAGCUCAUUCAGUUCCUUCAAGCCUCGGUAAAGGAUCGGAGACGCAAGGGCACCUUUUUUGUAUCGCAGGUGGUUCUCACUCCCAAAGCAAGCACCGUCAUGAAGGGGGUCACCAGCGGUCUGAGAGAGACCAUCACAGAGAGGUAG